AUGGCAACUUCAUCGAAGCUCAUUACCAUCGUAAACAAAUGCUUCGAAUGCGAAGGUUCAGUCUCUUCACCUCAGAGACUUCGAGAACACCUGAAUAUCCACGGUAUAUCUACACCUCGCAGAUCUCUGGGAUUCCGAAGAAAAAACAACCAGCAAUAUACCUUUGUGAAAUGUGGAAACGGUCACGGUUUGAUUGAAGCACACGCCGGUUGCCCAGCUUGUUCCGCGCAUUAUGCAGACCUUACAAAAUCACAGUCGACAGCACAACAGCAUCAGAACAACGGUCAGAAUCAAGAGCCGUCGCCAUCGCGACAACGACAGGAAAGCAGCCGUGAUCAAGAACAAUCAUCGUCACACCAGCAUCUGAAUGACGUCCAUUGCAUUACAUCUCUUCCAAAGCGGCGCUCGAGCACAAGAGCUGAAGAUCGCUAUCUGGAGAUGGAGCUGUUGGAUCCAAAAGAUUUGUCUUUUCCGCCUGUGGACUAUGAUGAUCAUUUUGUCGUUCAGCAGUUUGAUGUGACAAACGCGAUGUACGAAUUCCAGUGUUCGAUUUUACGACAAAAAUGGAAGCUCUCCCUUGAAGAUCAUAUACACCAUGCUAUGGCGAUCAAUUCAAUUUUACUGCUAUCACCAAAUAAAUAUCCAGACAACUUGUCACCGCAUUUCUGCGAAGCCAGCCUCAGAACGACCAUGAACAAAAUUAAAUCCAUUUAUGGAUUGAAUUUGCCUCGUAUGCAAAUCAAAACUGUAACCAAUAUGAUCACCAUUAUACAGGAACUCGAUAUCGAAGCAAUCAGCCGCAGUCAAGCGAUUGUGAAACUUCUGCAACUUGAUCUUUUGCCACAUGAACGCAAAUUUGCCAAUGGCCUGGCUGAGUUAGUUAAAAAGUUACCUCGUGUGCCAAUUGAAGAGGAUGUGAACGAAUCCGAACUUAUUACCCGAUUCGUUGAUCCGUUUUUAUGCGGCCUGUUUGAUGAUCCUGAAGAAGGGGUAUUUAUUCGAUGGACAAACGACAUAACAGUCGAAGCACGAAAAAACGAAACCUUGUGGACACGUCGUCCCGAUCUUACCGUAACAAGCUUGAAAGGUGUGAAAUGGUCGACCAGCCAUGGAUACGGUGAAGUAAAACCAGUAUGCCAUGAAGCAAACAACUUUUUGUUGUCGAACGAUCUGAUCCGAGUGGCGAUAUUUUGCAAGAAUGCCUUCGACGCACAAAACUUGGAGGGUAUUCUAGGUUUGCAAAUCAUUGGACGAUCCAUUACCUUCUAUCUCUUGGUGUUGCCAUCCAAUGGCCUUUAUGUCAUGUAUGAAUUAGGGACUCUCCAGCUACCGAAUAACUUGUGUGAUUUAUGCAAACUGCUGAUGGAUAUUCCACUUGGUUUGCUUGUCCUUGAUGUCUUCCAUCGACUCUGCAUCCGCUCUGCCAAUCCCUUUCAACCCUCGCGACACCGUCCAACUGUCCCUGAGUCCAAUUUCGAUGGCAUCUUUUCAACUUCACAGGAUCGCAAGCGGUCUUGCCAUUUGAAGAAAUACAACUAGGAGUAACGAAUCUGAUAAAAUAAAGCGGUUAAGCGAAAUGAGUCUCCUUUAAUCCUUUAUUAAAAGUGAGGGAAGAUUCACAAGUCAAAGUAAUUUUGGUUUAUAAGUAAAAAUCAGUGCUCAGUUAUUUAAGUUCAGUACCAAUGAAAUACGUAGAAUUAAUAUGAGUUAUUCUUGAUAGCUAAUAGAGAACCCGUUGGCGAGUGAAAAUUUAGAAUUUUCAUUCACUUUUGCUUUACCCGGCGAUUUACAUUCCAAUGAAAAGAUGUAAAAUUUUAAUGAGGGAGGCCAUUUC